CUCUUGUUUUCACAUGGAAUAAAUGUAGAAAAUCUUUAUAAAAACAACCCCCCACAAGCCUUCUUUCUUUAUUUAGAGGCCCCUCCUCUCUGCAUUCUUUCUCAAUAACCAAAUAUGGCUUCUGAAAUGAAGCAUCUCAGUCUGGUUUUCGUUCUCCUUUUCUUCCAACAACAGCUUCUUCUCCCAGUCCAUGCAGAUGGUUUCAUGAGGACAAGAGGCUCACAUUUUGUAUUAAAUGGGAGCCCCUUCUUUGCAAAUGGGUUCAAUGCUUACUGGUUGAUGUAUAUUGGGUCAGACCCAUCUCAGAGAAGCAAGGUCUCAGCUGCAUUUCAGGAAGCCUCUAGCCAUGGUCUCACAGUGGCAAGAACAUGGGCUUUCAGUGAUGGUGGAUCUGGAGCUUUGCAGUACUCUCCAGGCUCCUACAAUGAGCAGAUGUUCAAGGGAUUGGAUUUUGUAAUAUCUGAGGCAAAGAGACAUGGGAUUAAGCUGAUAUUGAGCUUGGUGAAUAACUAUGAAAACUUUGGUGGAAAGAAGCAGUAUGUUCAAUGGGCUAGAAAUCAGGGCCAGUAUUUGACAUCCGAUGAUGAUUUCUUCAGCAAUUCUGUUAUUAAGGGAUACUACAAAAAUCAUGUUAAGACUGUUCUUACAAGAUUUAAUAGCAUGACGGGAGUUGCUUACAAAGAUGACCCAACGAUCUUUGCAUGGGAGCUUAUGAAUGAACCCAGAUGCACAUCUGAUCUAUCAGGAAGAACCAUACAGGGUUGGAUUAUGGAAAUGGCUGCUUAUGUGAAAUCCAUAGACAGUAAUCACUUGCUGGAAGCUGGUUUGGAAGGAUUUUAUGGAGAAUCAUCGCCUCAAAAGAAGCAAUUCAAUCCAGGUUUCCAAGUAGGGACGGAUUUCAUUUCAAAUAAUCAGUUGAGCGGCAUCGAUUUUGCGACGGUCCAUUCAUACCCAGACCAAUGGUUAUCCACUUCAAAUGAUCAAUCCCAACUUUCUUUCUUGAACAACUGGCUCGACACCCACAUCACAGAUGCACAGACCAUCCUCAGAAAGCCGUUGCUAUUCACGGAGUUUGGGAAAUCUUCGAAAGACCCUGGUUUCAGUAACUACCAGAGGGAUGAGGUGUUUAAUACAGUCUAUUACAAGAUUUAUUCAUCGGCCCGCAGUGGAGGUGCUGCUGCGGGUGGCCUAUUCUGGCAGCUCCUAACUGAAGGAAUGGACUCCUUCAGAGAUGGGUACGAGAUUGUACUGAACGAAAGCCCGUCAACAGCCAGUUUGAUUGCUCAACAGUCCAACAAGCUUUAUCAUCUUACGAGGAUGUAUGUGAGAUUGAGGAAUAUUGAGAAAUUGAAGCGAGCGAAGGCCAUAAGGAGGGCCCAGUGGCUAGCUAGAAACAAGGGGAGGAGCGUUGGAAAUUGAAGGAAAAGCUGUUUAGAUGAACUUAAGAGUGGUGGGCUUGGACUAGUGUAUAAAAUCCUGACAAUGUUUUGAUUUGUAUGGGUGAUAUGGGUUUGUUAGAAGGCAUAGGAAGGCGUGUUUCUCUUGGAGAUGGAUGUUGUUGUCCAUCCAAGAUAUUGAGAGUUAUGUAAUGAAUACACCAUGUUGUUUUGGUUGAUGAAUUUAUAUGCUAAGCACUUUCUUUCUUUUA